AUGCGUUUCUCAGCCAUCGCCGCUACCGCUCUCUGCCUCGGCUACAACGCCAUGGCCAUCUCCCUUCCUGAGCGAGAUGCGCUGCCAUCAUUGAGCGAGAAGACACAGUCUAGGUAUGAUGACGAAGUCCUUCCUAAAACCAUCCUCCAUCCCCUACUAACUGUUCAAACCAGCGACGACCUCGCCAAACGCCUCACCAUCGAAGAGCAAAUCGCCAUUCUGGGCGCAGGCUCCAUGGUCGCACUCAACGUGAACGCGAUUGCGACUUACGUUUCGAACCUCAUGAAGGCGCAAAGCGAGGCCAACACUUGUGGUGUUAUCUCUGGCGCUGUUGACGGAGUAAACUACCAAUACCACGCGGCAACCACCGGAAAAAACUGCGACACAACCGCCGAAGUCAAGACGAUGAAAGACGCCGUGACGCGCGGCCUAGAAUUCAUGACGAACAACAACAUCAACCAAGCGUGCUUUAACAUGCAGCAUGGUGGGACGUGGAGGGGUUUGUUGCAGUUGGCGAGUGGGGAUAGGCAGAUUGUUAAUGGCAAGUGUGAUAGUGUUACUUAUACGUUGACUGUGUAG